GCUGCCUGGGUUUGCAUUUUUCUCUUUAUUGGUGAGCUGUGUGCCCUUGACCAAGAUGUUCUCUGGGCCCCAGCCUUCUCACCUGUGCUGUGAGGAUGCAGCCGUAGGCCCUGCAUUGGGGGUGGCUGGGACUGCAUAAGUUACAGACAUGGGAGUGACCAUGGUGCCUGGAGCUCAGUGUCAGCCAGGUAUGGGAAAGGCCUAGGAAGGGGAGGCUGCGGGACUGUGUCUUGUCCCCUGAAGUGGGCUGGAAGCCCCAUGCAGGGCUAGCUCCUGUCUUGUGUACCUCAGAGUCCUGAACUCUAUGAAGCUUUGGUGAUGCUUUGGAAUUCUCCUGGAAGAGCUGCAGAGCUAUUCCCCUUGGAUGGGGGGAGGGGAAGACAUAUUUUUCCCCGGGCAUCAAUGUACCUUCUGUUCUAACAUGGGCAGCUCAAGGGAGAGUCCCGGUAGUGCCUGAGGCUCGCAGCUGAGCUGGGCUGGGAUCUGAACUAGACCAGGAUCUGAACUAAAACCUGGUCUUCCUCCCACACCCUACUCUGGUUCCUCAGCUGUAGGACGCCACCCCUUCUGCUGCUGUCAUCCUCGGGUGCAGACCCUUGGAGCCUGGCUUUUACCCUGAAUGUUCCUCUGAUUAUACAGACCUCAGAACUUUCUCGGCAGUGGAAGCUGUUUGUGUUUCUGGAACCUAAAAUGCUUGGUCAUGAGGGUGUGGGAUUAUGGGGUUGGUGUCCUGUUUCCUGGCUUCUGCCCUGAGCAAAGGGCUGGGGCUCUGGACUCUGGCCCCUGGACAUCCCCCAUCCACACGUAGUGCUCUGCAGUCACUGCUGCAAGCAGGUCUGCUGGGUGCACCUCUGGGAGAGCACCUCAUGCCUCCUUUCUUCCAGCUGCCCAUAGGGUUCUCACGUUCAUGGGACCACCAUGUUGAAAUGGAUGGAAAUACAACUCGAUGAGGUUUGCCCAAGCUGCCAAGCCUCUGCUCAGGGCCUUAUUGGAAGGAGAAAGUAAUCCAGAGAUAGUGGUCUGGACUGAGCACACUGAAAACAUGCCAUCAGAAUUCAGAAACAAAUCCUAUCACUAUACCGAAUCAGUAUUACAGAGAGAAAAUGAAAGAAAUCAAUUUUCAAGGCAGAAAGCAACUUUGGCGAGUUUAAAUCAUGGCUCAGCUCUGUAUUCUAGCCUGUCAGGGCACCGUGGAUCUCAGACGGGCACAUCUAUUGGAGGCGCUGCCAGAAGAGGCUUCCUGGGCUCGGGAUAUUCUUCCUCGGCCACUACCCAGCAGGAAAACUCUUACAUCAACAGUCAAACCAGUGUCAGAACUUUCUUUCCAACCUAUGGCCCUUUAAGAAAUACUGAGGCUCAAGUGAAAACAUUCCUUGACAGACCAAAAGCUGGAGAUACAAGGGAGGUCCCCGUUUACAUAGCUGAAGAUUCCACAGUUGCCCGCCAGUCAUCCCGGGAAUGCCGAGACAAUGUGGCGGCAAGAGCUUUGGAAAGCACACAGUCAAAUGAGAGGACCAUCAUUCUGGGAAAGAAAACAGAAGUGAAAGCCCCAAGGGAGCAAGAAAGAAACAGACCAGAAACCAUCCGAACAAAGCCAGAAGAGAAAAUGUUCGAUUCUAAAGAGAAGGCUUCCGAGGAGAGGAACCUAAGAUGGGAAGAACUGACGAAGUUAGACAAAGAAGCAAGACAGAGAGAAAGCCAGCAGAUGAGGGAGAAAGAGCCACUGAAGGAGAAAAGCGUGCGAGAGAGAGAGAUACCGAUUAGUCUAGAAGUAUCCCAGGACAGAAGAGCAGAGGCAUCCCCGAAAGGUUUGCAGACCCCCGUGAAGGAUGCUGGUGGCGGGACUGGUAGAGAGGCAAAAGCAAGAGAGCUGCAGUUCAGGUUGGGCACUAGUGAUGCCACUGGUGCGCUGCCAGGCGAUUCCAUGACAGAAACCGUAGCAGAAAACAUCGUUACCAGCAUCCUGAAGCAGUUCACUCAGUCUCCAGAGGCAGAAGCAUCUGCUGAUUCUUUUCCAGACACAAAAGUCACUUACGUGGACAGAAAAGAGCUUCCUAUGGAAAGGAAAACGAAGACCGAAAUAGUCGUGGAGUCUAAACUGACCGAGGACGUUGAUGUUUCCGAUGAAGCUGGCCUGGACUACCUUUUAAGCAAGGAUAUUAAGGAAGUGGGGCUGAAAGGCAAGUCGGCUGAGCAGAUGAUAGGAGACAUCAUCAACCUCGGCCUGAAAGGGAGGGAGGGCAGAGCGAAGGUCGUCAAUGUGGAGAUCGUCGAGGAGCCCGUGAGCUAUGUCAGCGGGGAGAUGCCAGAGGAAUUUUCUGUCCCAUUUGAGGUGGAGGAGGUUGAUGAUGUGUCCCCAGGCUCCGGAGGGUUGGUUAAGGAAGAGGAAGGUUAUGGAGAGAGAGAUGUCACAUUCUCAGUUAAUCAGCAUCAGAGGACCAAGCAGCCCCAGGAGAAUACGACUCAUGUUGAAGAAGUGACAGAGGCAGGUGACUCAGAGGGUGAGCAGAGUUAUUUUGUGUCAACUCCAGAUGAAUACCCUGGGGGGCAUGACAGAGAUGAUGGUUCCGUGUAUGGGCAGAUCCACAUCGAGGAGGAAUCCACCAUCAGGUACUCUUGGCAGGAUGAAAUUGUGCAGGGGACUCGAAGGAGGACACAGAGGGAUGAUGCAGUGGGCGAGAAGGUUGUGAAGCCCUCGGAUGUCCCAGCGCCCUCUCUGGAGGGGGACCUGGGUUCCACUCACUGGAAAGAACAAUCUAGAAGUGGUGAAUUUCAUGCCGAAGCCACCGUCAUUGAAAAAGAAAUUAAAAUACCCCAUGAAUUCCACACCUCCAUGAAGGGCAUCUCCUCCAAGGAGCCCCGGCAGCAGCUGGUGGAGGUCAUCGGGCAGCUAGAGGAAACCCUUCCUGAGCGCAUGAGGGAAGAGCUGGCUGCCCUCACCACUGAGGGGCAGGGUGGGCCAGGGAGUGUUUCCGUGGACGUCAAGAAGAUCCAGGCUGCUGAUGGUGGCUCCGUGACCCUGGUUGCUGAGGUCAACCUCUCACAAACUGUGGAUGCCAAUCAGUUAGACCUAGAGGAGCUGAGCAGAGAUGAGGCCGGUGAGAUGGAGAAAGCUGUGGAGUCAGUGGUUCGGGAGAGCCUGAGCAAGCAACGCAGACCCGUGCCUGGCAGCCCAGAUGAGGCAGAUGGAGCAGAGGCCCCGGGCACUGGUGUUCGCUUCAGGCGUUGGGCCACCAGGGAGCUGUACAUCCCCUCAGGCAAGAGUGAGGAUGCGGGCCAGUCCACUCACAGCUCGGGAUGGCACAGCCCCCAGGGCCCAGUGUCGGCCACUGUGGAGGUCAGCAGCCCCACGGGCUUUUCCCAGUCACAGGUGCUGGAGGACGUGAGUCAGGCUGCAAGGCACAUUACUCUCGGCCCGUCUGAGGUCUGGAGGACUGAGCGAAUGUCAUAUGAAGGACCUACUGCGGAAGUGGUAGAGGUAAGUGAGGGAGGUGACCUAAGUCAGGCAGUGAGCCCGACCGGAGGCAGCCGGUCUGUGAGGCAUGUCACGCUGGGUCCCGGUCAGAGUCCACCAUCCAGAGAAGUUGUCUUCCAAGGCCCUGCCCCUGCCUCUCCGGAGGAUGGGGGCUCGCCAGAGCCUGGCCCGGUCGAGUUUUCUUCAGAUAUGGAUGGAUCAGGGAGGCAUAGUACGUUUGGCUCCAAACAAUUUCAUGCUGAAAAGGAGAUUCUUUUUCAGGGCCCCAUUUCUGCUGCAGGGAAGGUUGGUGAUUAUUUUGCAACAGAAGAGUCAGUGGGUACCCAGAUUUCUGUAAGGCAACUCCAGUUAGGCCCUAGAGAAGGGUUCAGUGGGCAGAUCCAGUUUACAACUCCACUUUCAGACAAGCUGGAGUUGGGUGUCAGAGGAGAUUCUGUACACACGGAAGGGUUGCCAGGGAGCAGCACGUCCAUCAGGCACAUCAGCCUUGGGCCUCAGAGGCAUCAGACCACCCAGCAGAUAGUUUACCAUGGGCUGCUUCCCCGACCCGGGGAAUCUGGUGACUCAGAGAGCAUUGUGCACAGGGAGAGCUCAGCAGAUGUGCCCCAGGCCACUCAUAGUCAUACCGUAGGUAGAAAAACCUUUAUGACUGAAAAGAGCACCUUCCAAAGUGUCAUUUCGGAAUCUCCUGAGGAGGAUAGUGCAGGGGACAUGUCAGGGGCAGAAGUGACAUCGGGUAUUAGCAGAUCCUUUAGGCACAUUCAGCUAGGUCCCACAGAAAAUGAAACCUCUGAAUGUGUUGUCAUCCGUGGACCUGUGUCCAGAACAUUAGUGCUUCCUGGUUCAGCGGCCUCCCCUGAGCUAGAUGAGUUAGAAGACAGCAGAAGAACGCUUAGGCACACUGCACCAGGGCCCAAAGAAACUUCAUUUACCUUUCAGAUGGAUGUGAGUAACGUAGAGGCCAUCCGCAGCCGGACACAGGAAGCAGGAGCUCGCGGUGUGUCUGACCGUGGUGCCUGGAGAGACACGGACAGUAGGGAUGAUCAGGCAGUUGGCGUGAGCUUUAAAGUCUCUGCUGGGGAAGAACAGGGCAAGGAGCAGGCCAUGUUUGAUAAGAAGGUGCAGCUACAGAGAAUGGUAGACCAAAGGUCAGUGAUUUCGGAUGAAAAGAAAGUUGCCCUCCUCUAUCUAGACAGUGAGGAGGAGGAGAAUGAUGGGCAUUGGUUUUAAUAAGCAGAAACGUUUUGUUUUAAUGGUAUCCUAUUGGCAACAUACCAACAUCCAAAGGCCUUAUUUUAAGGCACAGGGAGUCUAUUAAAAUCUCCCGUUUUUGCUUCCUUAGAGAGUACUCCAGGCAGUGUCAAUUUACAUUAAUCCGUAAAGAUUUCCAGUUAAUUCAUGCCUUAAAAGACACUGCAAUUUUAUUUUUGAGUUGGGACUUUUACAAAACACUUUUUUUUCCCCUGGAGUCUUCUUUCCACUCCUGGAGAUGAUUUCUAUGUUUUGCACCUGGUCACAGACAUGGCUUGCAUCUGUUUGAAUAACAGUUAAUUAUAGAUGUCAGAACAUUAACCAGAUUAAAGUAAUACAUUUAAGAGUCAAUUUUGCUUGCAUGUGCUAAUAUGAAAUAAUAAACUAACACUGUAGGGGAAAAUAAAUACAUUUUAGACUCUUUCUAAAAAGUCUUUUCAAAAAGAAAUUGUAGGAAAUAGGCAGACUGUUCAUGUUUAAAAAAUUUUGCUAAAUAAAUGAUUUCAUCUUUAGGAAAAACUUACUUGCCAUAUAGAGUUAAAUUUAUCUUAAGACUUGAAUGCAUUGCUUUCUAUGUACAGAACUUUUAAAAAUACAGUAUUUAUGGAGAGGACAGCUGUAGUCUGUUAUGAUAUUUCACAUUCUGUUUGCACAGGUUCCCCUGCACUGGUAGGAUAGGUGAGGAUUGGGAAUUGCUUACGGUACCAUUUCAUUUUUUGGCACUAGGUCAUUAAGUAGCACACAGUCUGAACACCCUUUUUUUGUUAUAGCUAAGUUCUGGCCUGGCCAGUUCCUAUCAGACUAUGCAGACUUGAGCUUCUCUGCAUCUUAGCCCUCAGCACCCAAAUGUUUCAUUUCACUGGGGAGAGGUAGACCUUGAAGGCAGUGAAGAAUGCUGAUGCUCAUACUGCAGCUGGACUGGCAAGUUGGCUGUGUGCAGGGAAACUGGAAACACAUAGUGUUUCCACACAAAGUGCCCCCUAAAGAGGCCUUUCCCAGCCUUCCAUUCACAGGAUGCAGGUCUUUCUGAGCUCAGGGGUGAAAGAUAAAAACAACCGUGAACCCACCUCACGGAAGCUUUUUUCACUUUCAACAGAAGUCGUUGCAAUUGGGGUGUUUUGUCCAGAGAAACAAUCUAUUGAAUGGAAGGAUGUUUUGGGGAAGGAACUGGGUAUCUCUCCUGCAGCCCAGCACUGAGAUACCCAGGCAUGAGAAAGGCCUCCACACUCACGGGGGGCAGAGCGUGGUCCUGUAGAGAGGCACCACUGGGUUUAAGAUACUGGGAUGAGCGUGCUUCAUUGGAUUCGUUUUAUUUUACACAUGGGUUUUUUUUUUUUUUUUUUUUUUUUUUUUUUUUGAGACAGAGUUUCACUCUUGUUGCCCAGGCUGGAGUACAAUGGCGCGAUCUCGGCUCACCGCAACCUCCACCUCCUGGGUUCAGGCAAUUCUCCUGCCUCAGCCUCCUGAGUAGCUGGGAUUACAGGCACGCGCCACCGUGCCCAGCUAAUUUUUUUUUUGUAUUUUUAGUAGAGAUGGGGUUUCACUAUGUUGACCAGGAUGGUUUCAAUCUCUUGACCUAGUGAUCCACCCGCCUCGGCCUCCCAAAGUGCUGGGAUUACAGGCUUGAGCCACCGUGCCCGGCCACAUGUGGGUAUUGUUUUUAAAGCUUCCAUCUGGAAAGUGUAGCAUCAUAUAGAAAAAGGACUGCUAGCAGCACAGCAUUUUUUCAGUCCAGGCUAGCUUCUUUCACGUCAUGUUGUCUCAGCUGUACUUCCUGUAACACAGUAUCAUAGCACUGACUAGUGCACUGAGGAGUAAAACUCUGAGGUAGCACCACUCUCAGGCAGGCGACAAUGAUGGCACCGGAGGGUCUUCCCUCUCAGACUCACGUGGAGGCCCUUGGACCCCCAGGGCCCACGUCUCCCCAGGUCCUGGGAGUGCCUACCGCAGGUAGUUUCUGGAGAGUGCAUUUUCUUAAUCGGGCAGUGGAGGAGAAAUGCAGCACAGCUUUCCAAUGACAUUUGAAAAACACUGCGAAUCAGAGUAUGGAAAGGAAGUUGAUUUGAAUUGCAAGUUUAAACCUUUGUUGUCUAUCUGCCAAAUGAACUAGUAGUGAUUGUCAGACUGGGAUGGAGGUGACUGCUUUGUAAAGAUUUGUCAUUUCUGAUACAAAGAUGUGCUGAUUUUAUCUGUAACAGGUAACGGUUUUUGGAUAGAUGAUUGGUUGGUGAGAAUUUGGUUAAGGUGACAGUCUCCUGUCUGAUGACCAGAAAGACUGGCAGUGAGGGGUCUAAGUCUAAGUGGGCUCAGUUUGAUGUCAGUGUCUGGGCUCAUGACUUGUAAAUGGAAGCUGAUGUGAACAGGUAAUUGAUGUUAUGACCCGCUUGUAUUUACUUUGGGAAAUAUCUUAGAUCUUGUCAUCUGCAAGCUUGGGACACAAAGCUUCGAGAAAUAUUCUGCCAGAAGUACAUAUGAGUAAGGAAUCGAGCUAUUGUUGGUUGCUAAAUCUGUGAAUCACCCAGGAAUGUGCCCUUGACAUUGUGACAGUUCACCCCAAAGCUCCAUGUCCUUUAAAACCAGUCGCUCUGGACACAAGAUAAAUCACUUCAUGGUUGGAUGGGGCUGGAACACAACCAGUCUUUUUGUAUUUAUUGUUAUUUAGACAAACAGUACUCACUGAAUGUUUUCCAGUUUCCCACUGGUUGUUUUGCUAUUGUUUGUUUAAGAUGUAUAUUUAGAAUGGCAUCAUCUAAGAAGCUGAUUUUGCUAAAUCCCUGUUCCCUACAAUAGGAAAUGUCACUAGAAUGUGCAAAAAUAAAAAUCUGAGGAAAAAACCCACAUUGUUCUUAAAGAGAAUGAAUAUUUUAAGUAGAUUUUUGAUGUUUCCUUUAAACUCUAAAUAAAGAAUCUAUGUGUUUACAUGCA